AUAAUCCCGUGUUUUAAGUUUUAACCUAAAUAGAAGAACAAAGCCAAAGAGGCGUCGAGCAUAGAGAAGAAGCAGAAGAGCAUUCACGACAUCCUCCCUCAUGACCUGAUUCACACAAUCUUAGUGCCGGCCAAACAUCUCGUUCGCCUCAGGUCCUGGGAUCGUGCAGAGGCUAUGUUCUCUUACAUGGAAACCUACAUUUUCUUGUGGUAUGGAACCCACUGACUGGAUCCAACAAAAGAAUAUCCUACUCUCAUAUUGUUUCUGGUUGUAAGCACAAGGGCGUUAGCCUUCCCAAGAAGUUCCAUCUCUAUGGAUUUGGUUAUGAUGUUUCACAGGAUGACUACUUAGUUGUUGUAGCUUGGCAGGAUAAGGAUGACCAUUAUCACUUUGAUUGCUUUUCCUUGAGAACCAAUUCAUGGAUUAAUCUUGAUGCUGCACUCCCCAAAUCAUUGGGUCUUAUGGAGUGGCAACCUCAUGGAUUGCUCUUGAAUGGUGCUAUUCAUUGGCUGCCUUUGUCUCAAAGCUUACAGGGAUGCUAUUCUUAUCUUUGAUCUGAAGGAGAGAACUUUCUCAAUGAUAUCUGCCCCGGAACAACCUGUAAUGAGUGCAUGCUCCUAUUCAAGGCUCGCCUUACUAGGAGGCUGCCUAGCCUUGUAUUAUCCCAAUCAUGAUAGCUGUAACACUCACAUAUGGGUGAUGAAAGAAUAUAAAGUGCAUUCAUCUUGGACUCUCUAUCAGAUUCCUUGUGUAAACUUCUGGCCUUUGUCCUUAUCCAGGAAUGGUGAUAUUAUUGGAAUAGGUUAUAUUUUCUCUCAUAAAGUACGGUACUUCAUAUAUAAUGUCAGAGGAGACUUCCUCAAGCAUAUUAAAAAUCUUCCUUGUCGGCUUCCCUUCCGUGAACCCGUUACUGUGUAUACAGAGAGUCUCUUGCCACUCCCUACUGACGUUAAGGAUAAGAUAAUCGGCCAUCAGAAUCAGAAAGAUGUCAAACAAGGAAAGAGAAUUAGAAGAGAAUGACUGCAUGACAAAGACACUUAAUUCUGUUGUAAAUAAAGUGUAGGAUUGACAAAUUGAGCUGGAAGAAGCUUCUAGAGAAUUUUAUUUUAUUUUGGCUUUGCUUUAAAUUAUGAUUUUCCUUCCAACUAUGAAUGUUAAAAACUGGAACAUUUGAAAGUGCAAAUAUAGCUUCUUCUAGUUGAAUCCAAUCUGUUAUAUUAAAUGCUUUAUCUUUUUCAAUA